AAGGGCAGCGGAGCGCAGCGACCCGCUCGGUAGAGAAGGCGCGAGGAUUCCCGCGACUGCUCGAGAAGUCGCUGGAAUGCGCGAGAAGUCGCGGGACUCCGCGCGCCAUCUCGAGCCCGCACGCGAUGAAUUCACGGGUCGUUCUAUGCGCAGUUCACUUUCAAUAAAACUCGAGGAAACUUGUGUUUAUGCAGUGAAAAUGACAUUCAUUAUGACUAUUAUAAAAUGAACUAUAACAAAUUUGAAAGUUUGUUGGAAAUUCUCAGGCCACAUAUUCAAAAACAAAAUACCAAUUAUAGAUUGGCUAUUUCCGCUGAAGAAAGACUAUCGGUCUGCCUCAGAUUUCUAACUACUGCUAUCAGUUUCAAAGCGCUAGCUCACGAGUAUCAUAUGGGAUAUAGUACUGUACUUCUAAUUGUUCACGAAACUUGCUCCGCGAUAUGGAAGUAUUUACGGCCGCGUGUUAUGCCAAAACCAACAGCUGAGUUAUGGACCAAACUAGCAAAAGAAUUUGAAACUCAAUGGAAUUUUCCUAACUGUAUAGGAGCCAUAGAUGGCAAACAUGUUAAUAUAAGAGCACCUUGGAACAGCGGCAGUCAAUUUUAUAACUAUAAAAAUUUUUUCAGUGUAGUUUUGCUAGCCAUUGCCGAUGCAAAUUAUCGAUUCGUUGUAGUCGACAUUGGAGCAUAUGGUCGCAAUAGUGAUAGUGGCAUUUUAAGCAGCUCCAGAUUAGGACAAUCAUUGAAUAAUAAUACACUGGAUAUACCACCUAAUAAAUGUUUGCCAGGUACGACAGAAGCAUUGCCACAUGUUUUUGUUGGAGAUGAGGCUUUUCCGUUACACAAACACAUAAUGAGACCUUUUCCUGGAAACCAAGUGUCGACAGACGUCGAGAAGAAAAUAUUUAAUUAUCGCCUGAGCCGUGCAAGACGUAUUGUAGAGAGCAGUUUCGGAAUACUAACACAAAAGUUUGAGGUUUUUCAAAAGAGAAUUAGAAUGCAACCCAAAUACCUAGACAUUUUGAUAUUAGCGUGCACUUGUUUACAUAAUUACCUAAGAAAUGAUGAAAUAUUUGAAAACAUAAAUGAAACAGUGCCAAUAAAUAGUAUAUUACAAAAUAUUCAAGAAGGUUCAGUUUCCCAAGAAAACGCUAUGUUUAUAAGAGAUAAAUUUAAGACUUAUUUUAAUUCUUGUGGUGCAGUUUCUUGGCAAAACGAAAUGAUUUCCCGUAGUUAAAUAGAUUUAACAUCAAAAUGGUGUCAAGUUUUACAAAAGACUGUGCCGUAUGUAAACUAACGAGUUCUACAAUUUGCUGACGACAUCGCAACAAUUUAAAGUUAUUUUUAAUUUUAAUUAAAAUAUAAAAAAAUGAUUUAUUUUAAUUUUCAAAUAAAAAUACAUACCUAUUUAUAUACGUUUUUCUUUUGCUCCCAGCUCAGCAGUGAAUCAAAUAAAUGGGAUAUUAUUAAUUGCACAUCAAAUGAAAAUAAUCUCACAU